CACGCUGACGUACACGGCAGGAAGUGAUGCUUCUUGCGUCUCUCGCUCAGAUAAUCUCCAUGGAGGAUGCGAAGUGUCGCUGGAAAUGUCCAGCGUAAACAGAACGGCUUGGUGACGAAUACUUAUCAGGAAUAUUUCGGCCUCUAAAGGAGCAAAAUGGAGUUGUCGAGGAGGAGCGAGAGUGACUGGCAGGCGUUGACAAACGAGUUCCUCAUCUGUAAGAGGAAGCUGGAGAGCAAGAAGGAAGCUCUCCUGAUCCUGUCCAAGGAGCUGGACACCUGUCAGCAGGAGAGGGAUCAGUACCAGCUGAUGGCCAAUCAGCUCCGAGAGCGCCACCAAGGGCUGAAGAAGAAGUACAGGGAGCUCAUUGACGGAGAUCCAACCCUGCCACCGGAGAAACGGAACCAGGUCAACUUGGCUCAGCUGCUGAGAGACUCCAGAGAGAGGAGCAACAAGCUCUCUGAGGAGGUGAAGGAGCUGAAACAACGCCUGACGGAAGCUCAGGGGGACAACAAGCUUCUCCGAAUGACCAUCACCAAACAGCGGCUGGGAGACGAGGACGUGGGGACGCGGCAUUUUCCCGCUCACGAACGAGAGGAUCUGGUCAAACAGCUGGAACGAGCCGGAGAACAGAACGAGGUGUUGGAACACACAGUCAAAUCACUCACCGAUGAGCUUCAUGACGUGCGUGCGGAACGCGACGUCUUUCAGCAGAAGGCUCAUCGACUCAACAGGGAGAUGAAUCACCUGGUGGGGAACGAUGAGGUCCGAAUGUUGGACAUCGAUGCUCUCUGCAUGGAGAACAGAUAUUUGCAUGAAAGACUGAGUCAACUCCAGGAACAAGUCCACAUGUUGAAAGCCAAUAUGGUGAAGUACAAGAGUGCGCUGGAGAGCAGGAAGAACUCUAAAACUGGUGGUAAACCCAACAGCAGUGCGCUGACUGGAGUCCUGUCGGCCAAACAAGUGAAGGAGCUGCUGCUCUCUGAAGAAAACGGCUGCAGCUUGCCGGUCACUCCUCAGUCCAUCUCUGACCUCAAGUCUCUGGCCACUGCUCUGCUGGAAACCAUUCAUGAGAAGAACAUGGUGAUUCAGCACCAGCGACAGAUCAACAAAAUCCUCGGGAACAGAGUCGCCGAGCUGGAGAAGAAGCUGAAGACCUUGGAGAUGUCGGGGCUGUGGAGCCUGCCAGGCCUGACUUAUAAUGUGUCUGUGGGGACGUGUGGAAGGAAGGAGGCCGCCCUGUUCAGCUGCCAGCACACUCUCACUCCAGAGUCACAGGCACAGAAAGAUGAAGGAGGCUUUGAACGUUCAGCUGGCGGAGAGAGGGAGGUUUGUGACGGGACGGCUGAGGAUGAGCCGGUUACUCUGCAGACAGCGCCCCCUAGUGCUGAGGACACCAACCAAACCCAGCCUGAUUUCACUGAGGAAGAAUGUAGUCGAGAGAUCACUGGCAUAAAAACUCCAGAGCGCCACGAAGAUAAAGACGGUGAAGAGCCUGAAACCAUUGACAGACAGUGUGUUAUCCUAGAUCUUGACGUGGCGACGCAGAUUCAAGAAGAACCUGAGGAGAAAGAACUGUGUGAGAGGUCAGAUGUGGGUGUCCCUGAGGAAAUAUGACGCCUUGGGCUUCAGGGUGGAGGAGAAUGCUUUUCAAACUGAGGCGAUCAGGCCCACAUCACAGGCUGACUCUGAGUUUACUGCUCUGGUUUUGGUCUACUGAAGGCGGCAGCAAUAUAUUGCACUAUGAGCCGGAUAACACCUGACAGCAGUGGAGGAUCCCUGCUGCUCUUCUGGAAACAUCAAGUCUCUUAGUUAAAAGUCAGUUUUGGGCACCAGAAACAUAAUGGAGCAAGAGAAUAUUAGCUUCUCUUCAUGGAUCCCCCACCGGAGUUGGGUGAAAUCCUGCCUAUUGAUAGCACUAAAAGAUGCAGAAAUAUUGACCUCGUUUUGAUUUUAUCGUCCUUAUGCCGAUGUCCACUAGAGGGCGCAGUGAUCCAUAUUCAUCACCGACUCCAGAGAGAUGUGUUUGCCUUAUAAAGAAGUGUUUAGCAUACAUGUAUAUCUAGAAAUUAUUUUUUGUGUUUCUGAUUUUUUUUUGUUGUUGUUGUUGUUGUUGGAUCUGUAUUAUUUAACUUAUUUUUUCCCAAGUAUUUUUUGCACAGAUGAAUUUUUUCUUUAGUUAAGGAUGUUUGGGGCAAGAGUCACCACACAUCCACGUGUUUCAUUGAUUCAUAUUGGGGGGGAAAUUGGGUUGAAACAGACAAAUAUUACCCCUAAAACUGCAAAUAUUCUCAGAAAACAUGAAAUAAAUUGCUCAGAAAAACAGAAAUGAUUUCCAUUUUUUGCAUUAUAGGUGCAUUAUGCAUAGCCUGGCAUGUUCAGAAAUAUAAUUAGUAAAUAUAAUGUAGUAUUUUACAAUAAGUCUAUGUAUUUUGAUGGAAUUAGAGACUGUACAGGUGCAGGAACUACUUUUCAAGUCAGUUCCCUCAGCUUCUGUCACCACUUGCCUCAUGGUCCUUCAUAUUAAUUGCUGCGACCUUGCAAAGUCGGACUUCUUGAUGUGGUAAAUAUCCGACAUGAAACAUGUGAAAUGAUCCUCCUUAUUCACAAGCACACAAACAAUACUGGUGAGUGUACAGUUUAGUCAUUUAUACCGCACGUGUUUGUCAAAGUGAGGCCUCAAAGCUAGAUCUAGUGUGGAAGUUUGUGUUAAGAUUCUGUUAUUAUUGUGCUGUUUGUUUCAUCUUGCUGUUC